AUUAUUGUAAUCACCUUGUUAUCAUUCGCUCAUUGUCAGUGAAGCUCGAACAAGCAACAUCCCGUGCCGUUCUCCGUAUACGUUUCCGAAUUAUCUCUCGAAACGCGAUUAUUUUUCACAGUUACUAUUGAUGAUAAUUCUAAUGAUAAUCCAUCUGUGCGCAUUUGAUUAAAUCGUAAAUUCGUGCAAUCGCGAAUUUUGCGUCGUUCUAUUCACGUCGCGAUAUAAUAAAGUGAGUGUCGCGUGUGAUUAACGCGUCGCGAUUACUAUGCAAAGUGUUCCUUGUAUUUUCGUUGGAUAAUUAAUGCACGCGCGAUCGUAAUUAAUUAUGUUUCCGCAAAUGAGUGUUAUAAAAGAGUGAGUGUUAUAAAAGAGCAGCAAAGAGUGAACAAAGGAAAAGAGGAGGCCCAGGGUGGCAUCUGGCAACGGCGGAACAAGCAUGAGAUCAACGUUACAGGCUACAACUCCGCCGCUCCGCGUCGUAUCUGUUUGUGCCUUCGAUGCUGAAAAUGCAGAAAGAUAAAUGCAGCUCGAUGCAUACGCAUUGAGAAAGUUCAUGACAAUGUUAUGGUCUUCGAGGCUUCGUGACAACGCGUCGAGUUGCGAAAUAAAGAAGUGUUCGAGGGUAUAAGCACGAUCGAGAAAAACUUUACGACAACAUAAAGAGGGCUGCGAAAUAUAAGCGGAACUAUUUCCUUAACUAUGCGACGAGACCAUCAGUGACAAAUUCGCGACGCUUGAAACUACCGCGAAAUGAGCUACCUGUGUCGAAAAUUCACAAAAUUGUUUUUCGAAUGGAAAGGAUUCUGUAGAAGAAAAAGGAGAAAGACAUCUGAUUGGCUCGCUAAUAUCGCUGUCCCUUUUGUUGCGUUGCUAUGUCUCUAUCUCACGAGCAGUCUAUGAGUCUAUAUAUCAUAUAUUUUGCGUCUAUGGAUACGAGGCGAAAGCGAGCAAUUAGGAAGAAGCAAGAUCGCAGUGUGAAGGCGAUCUUACUUUGACGUUCGUUUUCGUAGACAAAGGCAAUUUAUGUACGACGACUUAUUGGGAUAGUCAUGAACAAAGACGAGCACUACGAGAUAAUAGACGAAUGCAAAGGAGAGAAGACGUCUGAAACAGCCGAAAAUGUUCAAGUAGAGGAUACUGAGAAGACCUGUCCAAAGUCAGACAGUACCACGCAACAACAAGAUUCUAAAAUUAAUACUGAUAGUACAAAUUCUUGCAAUAACAACAUGGAUAAACCAAUUCCGAUGGAGGUAGAAUGUGAUCAGAGAUUAAACAAUGAUAUUGAUUUUACUGCUGAUAUCAGCUUAGAUCAGCUGGAUACGCAAAAGGAAGUGACAGAUGAAGAUGUGAUGCAUCAUCUAGAUGUAAUAGAAAAUAUUGAAUUGGAUCCUGAAACCUUUGGCAUAGACCAGUCUAUGAAGGAAGUUUCUCAAUCUUCUCUUGCAAUAGAAAGAGACGAGCAGGAGCAAGAAAAAGAAGAAAUAACAGUGAUUGAUGAUGAACCUACGGAACAAAAGUGGUAUGAAGAAAAGAUUGCAGAGAAAGCUGCACUUCUGAAAGAGAGAUUGUCGAAAUUAGCACGAGUGUUAUCAGUUUCUUAUCCUCAUUAUGAGAAAUGGCUGGAAAGGAUAGAGAGGAUAGAGGGAUCUCCUAUAUGUAAGAUAGUUCCUCCUCGACGUUGUUCACUAAUUAAUCCGCACACUAAUCGUUGGAAGUUUCUAUGUAGUAAGAAACAUAUACCGAUACCUAUAAAAGAAGAGAAUAAUCCAGGUUCUUCUAAUCAAAAAUGUUUCAAAGUAGUCUGGCAUCUUGAACCAAUGGGAGCAGGAGGUGUUAAUACUGAUAAUUUGGCGGAAUUUCCAUCUUUUGUAUUAAAUGCUGUCAAGAUAUUUGAAGAUUUUCUUCAAACAACUAUAUCAAGUCAAGAUGCAAUAACUUUUAAUGAGAAUCCAUCAGAUGAUACAUCUGUGGACAUUAAUGUAAAGAAAGAUCCAGUGCAGGAUAAAAAACAACAGUGGUCAUGGUUAUUAGUACGUUGCAAUAGCAAGGAUGAGCUCAUGCUCUUUGCAACUGGAAAGAAUAUUAAUCGCAACACCAUGGAUCGUUUGAAGCAGAUAUAUGAAUCUAGUUCGGGAAAGGAUUGUAAUGUCAAAUCCCUUUAUUGCAAAUCGAUAAACAAAUAUGAUGAUAAAGCUGUUACUACAUUCUUAGUGGGAGCAGAAGCUCUAGAUGAAGUCGUGGGUGAUUUAAAGUUACGGCUUACGCCAAAGACAAAUUUUUGGUCUAACGCUGCUGGUGCAUGGAAUGUAGCUAAAACAGUUGCUGAUAUGCUUAAGCCGACGCCAAGAACAACCAUACUUGAAGUCGGUUGUGGAAUUGGUGUGAUUGGACUUACAAUAGCAUCUAAAUGUCGUGAAGUGAUAGGAGUUGAUUCACCUUCGGAGGUAGAAGAAGCUGAAAUGACUUGCAAUUUGAACAAAAUAUAUAAUGUAUCUUUUAUAAUGGGAUCUCCGUUUGAAGUCGUGAAUAAGAUAAAUGCUGCGCGUGACUUACACAAUAAAAAUCGCGUGACUUACAGCAUAAUCAACGCAAACACCAACAUGGGUAGAGCCAUUGAAGUAAUGACAGCUUUACGAAAAAUCACGUCUCUACGACGUAUCGUAAUGGUGACCCCAUUGACAAAACAAUCGGUCCGAGCAAUAUUAGAACUUGCACGGCCUAUAGAAGGUGAUCUUGGUCAUCCAUUCAUGCCAAUUCGUGCAUGCGUUGUCGACACAUUGCCCAACGGGCCCCAUUUCGAUGCAGUUAUUCUAAUGGAACGUAGAUACAUGCAUAGACUCACACAGCCGUGGUUCCUCAAAAUGUUGGAUGAGGAAAGUAAAUCAUUGAAUAACACUAAGGAAUUGGAGAGAAUAAUUAAUAAUGAUGGAACUGAAAGUUCUGAUGUACAAUUAAGAAAGAAUCCAUUAGCGAAAGCUGAACUUGCAAAGAAAUCUAAACUCUUACCCGCAAAAAAGACAACUUUCACGAAAAGCGGUUCAAGUUCACCGGUAAAAGGUAAAAUAAAAUUGAAACGAGACCAUUCGCCCGAGAUAAUAGAAAUAUCUAAAAAAGUGUCGAAGAAAUUCGAAAAACCUGGAUUUAAAUCAUGGCAACAGGAUGUUACUGCUAAGAAAAAGAAUUGGCUCUAUGAAAACCCGGCACUUCGCAUUAAUCCGUUAUUCGAAAAAAAGACAAAAGAGAAUAAAGAACAAAUCGAUUUAAGGAAAAAAUUGUCGAAUAAUCGUAUUGAUGCAGACUUAAUACAAAAAGUGAAUCAAAGCCGAGAAAUUCUCGAAGCAGCGAAAGAGCAAUUAAGCGGUCCAUCUCCUACAGUUGACCCAACGACCGCUAAAGAAAUAAAAAAUGUCUUAAGUUUGGUUCUCGAUCAGACCAAUAAGCUUCAGAAUCAAUUACCACGUUCAGUGUGGGAUCGCAUUGCACCGCCUGAGACCGAUCAGGUUCAGAUAAAGAAGGAUCUUGAUGAUGAUCCGCUAUUGAAAGGUCGAUUUGUACAAGAAACUCGUGCUCAGGAUAUCGUUAUCACGGCGGCAAACAAGGAAUAUUUAGAGACCGAGGAUGUUAAACCGAAAUUCAAGAAAUAUCAUAAUUUGGCACCACUGGAACCAGAUAUAGUGAUGCCGAUAUCAGUAAAAUCAUCUGACAAUAGAGGUAGACAACAAAAUCAAGAUAAUUCUUGGAAUAAGAAUAAAAAUUUCGAUAAAAAUCGCUGGAAUGAGGGGCCUAUGAGAAAGCCGGUAGCUUUCCCGAUGAAGAGACAGGAUUUAUCAUUUAGACAUCGAACAUCACCGAAUAAAUUUUCACCGAAGCGUCCAUUAUUGUCACCACCGAGACGCCAGUGUUCGCCGCCUAGGAGGCAUCUCCCUCCGGAUAGGCCAUAUGAAACCCGCGAUUCUCCUUCGCACCGUGAAUAUUCUCCUCCGAGACGGCCAGCAUCGCCGUUAAGGCACGUAGCACCAUCCGGUGGUAGAUUUCAAGUAACACCACGUCCGUUCUCACCACUUAACCGAGCUAUGUCUCCGCCGAGACGGCCAGUGACACCGCCAAGACCGCCAAGACCGCCAAGAUCAAUGACCGGUCGACCGAUGUCACCGAUACGACGUCAUAUGUCGCCGACUAGACUACAAUUAUCGCCACCGAGACGACAAGUGUCGCCGAUAGGAAUAUAUGAUUCGUCUGCAAGAGAGAUGUCUCCCCCCAUGAGGAGACCAAUAACUCCCAUCAGACGACCGAUAUCGCCUAUAGACCAUCAAAUGUCUACAGACAUGAGACCCGUAUCGCCGGUCGGUAGAAUGAUGUCGCCGCCAAGAUCAAGAGACAUGAUCCUUCCACCAAGGCAUCAUUCGCCCAGCAUGAGACGCUUCUCGUCCCAUCAAAUGCCUGGUCUCACGUCAUCGCCUUCGAGGCGACAGCAAUCCCCGCCGAGGCAUCAGAGUCCGCCACCAAAUAGGUUCGCGGACGAAUGGGACAUACCGAGCCGCGGCGCUAUCGAACAGAGUAGCACCUGGCAACGAUCCAUUAACGAUAGACCUGAGAAUGUUUGGCGUAACGAGAGACAACCGACAACAAGCGGAAACUGGCAACCUUUGUCCGACAAUGAUAGAUAUCGCAAACUGGCUAACCAAGAGAAGGCUUGGAACACCAGAGAUUCCUCGUUUCAUGGAAAUUCGUGGGGCUCUAAGCAAUCGCUCGCGAAACCUGGUAUGAAGGAACCAUGGCAGACUUCGGACAAUAGAUGGUCUGGUCCCUCCAGGUCAGGAAUUAGCGGCGAAAAUUGGAAUCGCAAGGAAAGUUUGGGUGGCCGCGGCAAGGAGCCUUGGAUGAAUGCGGACAAAUCGCGAUCAUCAUGGGAACAAUCUAACGACUCCUGGAAUCAAGGAGACAAGGACGAUUGGAACGAUCUGCCGGAAGAUGCACGAGAUCCCUGGGGGGACGAAAGUAAUCUUGGAUUGAAGGAGAGAUGGGUGAAUCUCGAUAAUCAGGGCGCCUCGUCGUCUAGUUGGUCGAGAGAGGCUGACAAAGGGGAUCCGUGGACAAAGUCUAAAGACAAUUGGCAAAAUAAAUCGCAAGCUUUUCCGGCAAAACAAUCAUGUCAAAACAGCGGUAAUUUGAGCAUAAAUGAAUCGCGCUGGUUACCUUUGAACGAUGUGACUAAGAAAGUACCAUUAUCGAACAAUUGGCAGGGAGGUAACAAUGUUGCAGCGUGGCAGCCAUCGAACUAUAAUUUUCCGUCACAAUCGCAGCGGCCCUUUAUGACCAAUUCGUUUAAGGAUCGACGUUAAAUUAGAUAUUUUGAUGUUACGAGUUGUCGAGUUAAUAAUGAUUUAGAUUUCACUUUUGCUAGCUCGAGAACGUUUCAGAUUAUGACACUAAAAAACAAGGUUUUUUUUUGGAUCUACAGUUUAAUUUACAGUUUCUUACAGUAACAAAUAUGUCUUGAUGAAUUAAAUAGAAUUAUGUAAUUGCAAAUUAUAUAUAUAUAUAUAUAUAUAUAUAUAUAUAUAUAUAUAUAUAUAUAUAUAUGUGUUAGAAUAAUUUUCUCUGUUUAAUUGAGAGUUGCAUUGUGGUAUUGUGAAAAUGACAACAGUGCUCUUCUGUAUUUCUACUUUUUCUUUAAGUGAUAUUCAUUAUAGUGAAACAAUUUAUUGCUAACAAAUUAUUUUAUUGAUAAUUUUUUGUUUGAUUGUAUUCCUUUUCUAUGGGUAACAAUCGAUUGUAUUACUUUUAAAGACACAAAAGGCUGUAUGCUUCUUAUAAGCAUUGUACAUAUAUCAUUUUGCAUAAACAAAGUUGAUAUAUCUAUAUGUAUGUAAUAACAGCCGAAUGUAUCUUCCACUGAAGUAUUUCUGAAAAUAAAUUGCAUUGGAAUUCA